AUGGCGGCCGAUACUUCUAGCGACAGCAAAAAGGGCACCGAACCGCCUGUAGAUACGGCCGACGACGAAGCAAUUCCUGCGAGAUUUGCCCCAGAGGAGGAAAAGGAGCUCGUCCAAGAGUCCAACGCGGCCAAGACGGAAGCCAACAGCCUCUUCACGGCAGGGAAAUGCGACGCGGCGCUCGACAAGUACAACCAGGCGAUCGCCGUCUGUCCCAACUACCUAGACUACGAAGUCGCCGUCCUCAAGUCCAACGUCGCGGCCUGCUACCUCAAGCUCAAGGAAUGGAAGGAGGCCACGACCGCCGCGACUGAAUCCCUCGACCGGCUUGACAAGGUGGAAAAGGCGGACGCGCAGGAGGCCGAGGUCGAAAAGGCCGCCGAGGCGGAAGAACUGGCAGACGUCGAGGAGACGAUAGUCAGCGCGGGCGCGGCGCAGGCGGGGCCCGCGCUUCCGACCAAGGCCGAGACGCCGGCCCAGAGCGCGAGGCGUCAACGGGCCGAGGAUGUGCGGCGCAUACGGGCCAAGGCGCUCAUGCGGAGGGCCCGGGCGCGGAGCGAGGCCGGUGGCUGGUCGAACCUGGCGGGUGCAGAGGAGGAUUACAAGCUGCUGUCCAAGAUGUCCAACCUGGGCCCGGCUGACCGGAAGGUCGUCCAGGCGCAGCUCAGGCUUUUGCCGGCCCAGGUCAAGGCUGCCCAGGAAAAGGAGACUGCCGAGAUGUGGGGUAAGCUGAAAGAGCUGGGUAAUGGCAUACUAAAACCUUUCGGUCUGAGCACCGACAACUUUAAAAUGGAACAGGAUCCCAAGACUGGGGGUUAUAGCAUGAACUUUCAGCAGAACGGCUCAAAGUAG